AUGUGCCUUGCUUUGCAUCCUGAACGUGUGUUGGUGGCAACAGGUCAAGUUGGAAAAGAACCGUAUAUCUGCGUGUGGGACUCGUACACUGUGCAAACUGUAUCUGUUCUGAAAGAUGUUCACACACAUGGUAUAGCUUGCUUGGCUUUUGAUUUAGAUGGUCAGCGCUUGGUCUCAGUUGGUUUGGAUUCAAAAAACACAGUUUGUGUAUGGGACUGGAGAAAAGGGAAAUUAUUGUCAAUGGCUCCUGGUCAUACAGACAGAAUAUUUGAUAUUUCUUGGGAUUUGUACCAGCCAAACAAGCUUGUCAGCUGUGGCGUGAAACACAUCAAGUUCUGGAGCUUGUGUGGCAAUUCCUUGACACCAAAACGUGGUGUUUUUGGCAAAACUGGUGAUCUGCAAACUAUAUUGUGCCUAGCCUGUGCAAGGGAUGAAGUGACAUAUUCUGGUGCACUGAAUGGAGAUAUAUAUGUAUGGAAAGGAAUCAACCUUGUACGGACAAUACAAGGAGCACAUGCUGCAGGAAUCUUCAGCAUGAAUGCAUGUGAAGAGGGGUUUGCCACUGGUGGCAGGGAUGGCUGUGUUCGCUUGUGGGACUUAAAUUUUAAACCAGUUACUGUGAUUGAUCUCAGGGAAACAGACCAAGGAUAUAAAGGUUUAUCUGUAAGAAGUGUUUGCUGGAGAGGAGACCAUAUACUUGUUGGGACGCAAGACAGUGAAAUUUUUGAAAUUGUGGUGCAUGAGCGUAAUAAGCCUUUCCUGAUAAUGCAGGGGCACUGUGAAGGAGAGCUCUGGGCUUUGGCUGUUCAUCCUACAAAACCUCUAGCAAUGACUGGAAGUGAUGAUCGAUCAGUCAGAAUUUGGAGUUUAAUAGACCAUGCUCUGAUUGCCCGGUGCAAUAUGGAGGAACCCAUUCGUUGUGCCGCGGUUAGUACUGAUGGAAUCCAUCUUGCUCUUGGAAUGAAGGAUGGCUCUUUCACUGUCCUUCGAGUUAGAGAUAUGACUGAGGUUGUUCAUAUCAAAGACAGGAAAGAAGCUAUUCAUGAACUGAAAUAUUCACCAGAUGGGAAUUUUCUAGCUGUUGGUUCCAAUGACAGUUCUGUGGAUAUAUAUGGUGUUGUUCAGCGAUACAAGAAAGUUGGGGAAUGUAUUGGAUCUUUAAGUUUCAUCACCCAUAUGGAUUGGUCUUCAGACAGUAAAUACUUACAGACUAAUGAUGGCAAUGGAAAGAGACUUUUUUACAGAAUGCCAAGUGGAAAAGAAGUAACAAACAAGGAGGAAUUAAAAGGUGUUCAGUGGGCAUCAUGGACCUGUGUUUCUGGCCUUGAAGUUAAUGGAAUCUGGCCCAAAUAUUCAGAUAUAAAUGAUAUAAAUUCUGUGGAUGCAAAUUUUAUUGGGCAAGUUAUGGUUACAGCUGAUGAUUAUGGAAUAGUGAAGCUCUUUCGAUACCCAUGUCUAAGAAAAGGAGCAAAGUUUAAAAAAUAUCUUGGUCACUCUGCUCAUGUGACAAAUGUCAGAUGGUCUCACGAUCACCAGUGGGUUGUUUCCAUUGGGGGGGCUGAUCAUUCUGUCUUUCAGUGGAAGUUUGUCCCUGAGCGGAAGUUGAAGGAUUCUCUUCAUAUAGCUCCCCAAGAGAGUCUGGUUGAUUCUAAUAGUGAUGAAUCAGAUUCAGAUCAGUCUGAUGUUCCAGAGCUGGACUCUGAAAUUGAACAAGAGACACAGAUCACCUAUCGUCGACAGGUUUACAAAGAAGAUCUACCUCAACUUAAAGAGCAAUGCAAAGAAAAAAGAAAAAGUGCAGCUUCUAAGAGACGAGAGCGAGCUCCAGGGAACAGUAUAAGAUUACAUUUUGUCCAUGGUUACAGAGGUUACGACUGUCGGAGCAAUUUAUUUUACACUCAGACGGGUGAAAUUGUAUACCAUGUUGCAGCAGUGGGAGUGGUGUACAACCGACAGCAGAACACACAGCGCUUUUAUCUAGGUCAUGAUGAUGACAUUCUUUGCCUUGCUAUUCAUCCCUUAAAGGACUAUGUGGCAACAGGCCAGGUUGGUCGAGAUUCCUCAAUACACAUUUGGGAUACUGAAACAAUAAAACCACUCUCAGUAUUAAAGGGCUAUCACCAGUAUGGUGUUUGUGCUGUUGAUUUUUCAGCGGAUGGGAAACGUUUGGCUUCUGUUGGAAUAGAUGACAAUCACACCAUUGUACUCUGGGAUUGGAAGAAAGGUGAAAAGCUUUCAGCAGUAAGGGGAAGUAAAGAUAAGAUUUUUGUUGUUAAGAUUAAUCCUUAUAUGCCUGAUAAAUUGACUACAGUUGGAAUCAAACACAUGAAAUUCUGGCGCAGAGCAGGUGGAGGACUAAUUGGGAGAAAGGGCUGCAUAGGUGCAUUGGGAAGAACUGAUACAAUGAUGUGUGCAGUAUACGGCUGGACUGAAGAGAUGGCGUUCUCUGGAACUUCCACAGGGGAUGUGUGUGUUUGGAGAGAUGUGUUUCUCAUAAAAACAGUCAAAGCACAUGAUGGUCCUGUGUUCAGCAUGCACGCGUUGGAAAAAGGAUUUGUCACUGGAGGAAAGGAUGGGGUAGUAGCCCUCUGGGAUGAUACCUUUGAACGUUGUCUCAAAACCUAUGCCAUCAAAAGGGCUGCUUUAGCCCCUGGGUCUAAAGGUCUUCUCUUAGAAGAUAAUCCUUCUAUACGUGCCAUAUCUUUAGGACAUGGUCAUAUUUUAGUGGGCACAAAGAAUGGUGAAAUAUUAGAGGUGGAUAAAAGUGGACCAAUAACUCUGCUGGUUCAG